GAACAACAGGUUUCUUUAGCUCUUUUGCAGAUGUUUGUUGGGGAUACAUCGGCAUCCACUGUGGAGUCUAGCUUUCUGUGGACGGGAAAACUUCACUCAUUUUAGUUCUCAAGCAAGCUUCUCCUGAGAAAUCAAUGGAGUGACUCACAUCGUAUAUUUCAUCGGAUCCUUUGUCUGUCCCCACGACAUCAUCUCUUUAAUUAGUCCAGCGGUAAUUAGUCUAACACCCAAAUAGACGUCUGGUCGAGUUCGGAUCACAGAAAGCAGUGUUUUCCGAGCAGCCCCUGAAGGAGACAUCGUGGUGCUGCGCGCGUAAUGGAUUUCCCCAGCACUGCUGCGCUGUCGGGGUCCGGGAGCUGCGUCUGCAGCAGCGAUUCGGCCACGUUACAAACCUGCUCCUCCGCUUGAUGCCGGUGACCUUGGCCGCCGCCGAUCACGGCCCUCGCUCUUGUAAAUACCUUUCUUCGCUUUUCCCGUUGCCAUGGCAUCGCGGGACGGGCUGCAGGAGGAUCGCGUGGUGCAGCGGGGGAGGUCUCAGAGUGACCCGAGCAGCAUCACCGAGGUCCGCCUAGGCGAAGCGCACAGAGCAGAUGUGAUGGACCAGCAGAGGGCGCUACACUCGGGCUGCCUGGUGUCGGGAGUCAGAACGCCUCCCGCCCGCCGCAACAGCAAGCUGGCCAGCCUGGGACGCAUCUUCAAGCCUUGGAAGUGGAGGAAAAAGAAAAACGAGAAGCUGAAGCCCCCCAGCGCCGCGGAGAAGAAGGCAGCUGCGCGGCAGAAGAGAGAUGACCUCGUCGGGAGGAGCCCCGGGGAGACGGAGACAGAGUCCGAUGUGGCGUGCGGGGGCAACGGCGAGGACGCAGACACGCCGACUCAGUCCGACGCCGAGGACCGAGACGAGGAGCCCGUGGCCCCUCUGGCCAGCACCAGCGAAGACCUGGGCAGCGAUCUGGAGGCCUCGACGGUGCAAGAUGUGACGGAGGACUCAAAGACGGCGGGAGAUCCGAACCAGAGCGAGGACGCAGAGGACGAGAGCACCUCGCUGAGCGACCGCAGCGACGAGCGUCCCGCCACCAAGGCCGAGCCCGCCGAGGUGGCGGCCCCCCCGCCCAGUCGAGUAGUCACGUCCCCUCCGCCCAAAGUGGCGGUCAAACCGCUCAUCAGACUGGGCAGCCUGGACUGUGCUCCUUCGGUUGCAGUCAAGAGGUCCCCGGCCACCUUACCAAGGAACUUCACUCUUCCCAAAGACCCCCACGGCUCCCUGCUGAGAGGCCGGAUGCUCACACCCACCGGGUCCCCCCACCUCGGGGAGCUGCACUCACAGCUGCCCCCUAGCUGCAUCAUCGAGGAGCUGCACCGCGCCCUGGCCACCAAACACAGGCAGGAUAGUUUCCAGGCGAAGGAGGCGCGCUCCUCCCUGAAGCGCCGCAUGGACGGCCGUCUGUCCCGCGUGUCCAGCACGGAGAGGGAGCCCGCCGGGGAGUCGGACGGCAGGAAGCAGUCGGACGAGAACAAAGAGAACUGGCGCCUGGACGAGUACCUGAACGACCAGGACAGCUGGAACGACUCGGUCAUCUCCGGGUCCCUCCCACGCCGGAUGAGGAAGGAGCUGCUGACCGUGAAGCUCCGGAACCGACCCAGCAAGCAGGAGCUGGAGGACCGCAACAUCUUCCCCGUGCGCAGCGACCAGGAGCGGCAGGAGAUCCGGCAGCAGAUCGAGACCAAGCUGGCCAAGAGGCUGAGCCAGCGGCCGGCGGUGGAGGAGCUGGAGAGUCGGAACAUCUUGAAGCAAAGAAAUGACCAGCUGGAACAGGAGGAGAGGAGGGAAAUCAAACAGCGGCUCAACAGAAAGCUGAACCAGCGGCCCACAGUGGACGAGCUGCGGGACCGAAAGAUCCUCAUUCGCUUCAGCGACUACGUGGAAGUGGCCAAAGCUCAAGACUACGACCGGCGAGCCGACAAGCCCUGGACCCGACUGUCAGCAGCCGACAAGGCAGCAAUACGGAAGGAGCUGAACGAGUUCAAAAGCAACGAGAUGGAAGUUCAUACUUCGAGCAAGCAUCUGACGAGGUUCCACCGGCCAUAGCGAGGUUUCUUCUGUGAAGAGUUGCCGAUGUCUGGUCCUUUUUCGCACGGGGUCUCCCGGCGCCGUGGCCCACAGUUAGUGGGCGCUCUGGUACCUGUGUCCAGCCACACCUUGGAGGCUAUGUCUCUAGAAGAAGGGGAGUCGGCCGGUGGACGCCUCUGCUCAGAGGGGUCGGCUCCCCCACCCUCACUUCGCCUCGCCAGAGGGGCGGCGAAGACUUCCAGAGACUUUUAUUUUAUAAACAGUCUCUUUUGAAAGACGUCCUUUUUUCCAUGCCGCGGGAGGGAGAGAGGGGAUUGGGGGAGAGGGGGACGACGUGCAUGUGACCGAGUCGACCAGUAACACUCCAGUAUUAGUAGGCACACACACCCCCCCCCCUCUCCGAUCUGUGUGUCUCACCAAUUCAGUUGAUGCGUUUCAUAUGGAUGGUGUAAGCAGAAAACCUUUGAAUUCCCUUUGUAAGCACUAUUCAUUGUCUGCACAAUACAGGUUUUCAAUUUGUAACAAA